UAGAAAGUAAGCAUGAAGUAACAAUAUUGGGUGGAUUAAAUGAAUUUUCAGUGAAGUUUUAUGGGCCAAAAGGAACACCAUAUGAAGGAGGUGUAUGGAAAGUUAGAGUUGAUUUACCUGAAAAAUAUCCUUUUAAGUCACCUUCAAUUGGUUUCAUGAAUAAAAUCUAUCAUCCAAAUAUUGAUGAAGUAUCUGGAACAGUUUGCUUGGAUGUAAUCAAUCAAGCUUGGACAGCACUAUAUGAUUUAUCCAAUAUAUUUGAAUCUUUCUUACCACAACUUUUAACAUAUCCUAAUCCAAUUGAUCCGUUGAAUGGUGAUGCUGCAGCUAUGUAUUUACAUAAACCAGAAGAAUACAAAAAGAAAGUACAAGAAUAUGUCAAGAAGUAUGCAACCGAAGAAGCUCUUAGAGAACAAGAGCAAGAACAAUCCAGUAGUGAGAGUUCAAUGAGUGAUUUUUCAGAUGAUGAAACACAAGAUAUGGAACUAUAACAUAACAGAAUGGGGAAUUGGGAUUGAAGGGAGGGGGGUGGGAUAUAGGGAGGGUAAUUAUGGGGAGGGGUGGGUGGGGAAAUGUGUUCAUAAAAAAAACCAUCAUGUGUAAAUGACCAUGUUGAAGAUGGUUUAGAGGCAUUUGUUACCAUGAAGCUAUUGAUUUCAAAAUCUUUUUGUUGUUGAUACAUUUUAUCAAAAUUUUAAACUAGAUCUCUUACUUCAUUCUGUUGUAUUGUUUAGAUUCCAAGCAUAGUCUGUAAAAUUAAUACUUAUUUAAAAUAAAAUAUUUGAAAUAGUUCUGGAAAAUGUCAAUUAAAUAUUACUGUUAUUGAUACGGAUUAAAAUAUUUCCACAGAAACAUUCCUGAAUUAUAGCUUGCAUUUAACUUUAUGAAUAUUAUUUAUUAAAUAUUUCAUUCAGAUAAAUUUGUGUAUCAAAUGGCCUCAUCCAUCUUCAUCUUCUGUUACUGUGGAUGUUAAAUCUAAAUGAUGUAUUAAUGGUAACUUCUAAAAACAGAUCUGUUAAUGUUCUGUAUAGUAGUUCAUGGAUAGUUUCUUCAUAAUCAGUCAGUGUUACAAAAACUUUAGUGUUUUUUGCAAGAUUUCAUUGUGUAGGCAAUAUUGCCAGCAGAUUUUCUUUUAGCAUGCAUGUGUGUGUGUGAAAAUGUGUGAAUGUCUGUGUUUAAAAUGUAAAGAAAGAAACACUCACAAUGAAAUUCUUAGCCUUGUUGGUUAUCUUGGAUGUCCCACAUUGUAUUGCGGACAUACUUGUAUGUUAUAGUUUGAAUUGUAGGGUUGGGAUUAUGUAGAUUUUGGUGUUGGAUGUUAUAUUAGUAAAAAAUUUAAGUGAUUGAUUCAGAGUUAUUGUGAGAUCAAUGUUUAUGUUGGUAUGAAUGAAUUUUUUAAAUUAGAUUUCAAUUGUUAUUAUCAAUUAAUCAGUAACAAUAGCAAAUGCUUAACUUUGUGCUGUGAAUUGUUAAACGACAAAAUUCUAUAAGCUUGAAUACACUGGACUGUUGAUUUGUUAGAAUAUAUUAUCAUUCUUUGUAAAUAGAUUUCCUCUUACAAAAUUUGAAAGAAAAUGCCAUAAUGUAUGUAUGUGUAUGCUUCUUUGUCCAGAACCAUAUCACAUUCAAUAUAUAUAUAUGCUCAUAUUUAAUAUAGUUUCAUAUUUUUUGUCUUUAGCAUAACCAGAGAAUUUUAAAUGCUUAUUAUGUAUGAAAUACAAGAACUUUCAGUUUGGCUAAUUAUCAUUAUAUUACAUAAGUUUGAAUGUUUGAAUUUCAUGAUUGUCAGUCAUACAUUCAUUACCAUUAAAUUUUUGAUAUUUUUGGUCAGACAUAAUCAGGUAACAAAUUCAACCAUGAUUCAUCUUAUUGUUCUUGCCUGUAUCUAUAAAGAUCUAAUAAACACAUAACAAAUGGC